UUGGGAGGCAAUCCAGCGUCACUUUCAUUUCGUUCAGAUACAAAGCGAGGCAGGGAGUGCAGCUGGCCGACAUGGGGCAGGCUGGCUCCGUGCAGCAGAAGAGCGCGCUGCGCGACGUGUUGGCGUUGCGCCGACCCAAUGUGACCAACACCGAGCUCGAGGAAGUGCUACGCACCUUUUGCGCCUUGUUCCCGCUCGAGCUCCAAGUACCCGUGGAUGCGGACCCCAAUCUCCUCAGUAAUAUCGUAGGCGUCGAUGUCAAGGAGCGCCGUCUCUUUGACGUUGUACACGGUUUGUUAAAGGACCAAACAGAACAGGCGCAGCGGAACAAUGGACGCGAUAUGAUAGGACUCAUCCUCACGAGCUUCCGACGCGUUAUCCGCUGGCGAGAGCUCUACAAACUAUGCGCCAAGUGCUCCAUGAAGCCUUUUCUCAGGUGUCUGCACCGUCCGUCGCCUACGCUCGUGCUGUCGGUGCUGGAAACUCUACAGUUGAUGUUAUCGCCCUGUCCAGGCUUCGAGACCGGCGACAAGGCGGCAGAUCGAAGCGAGGCGGCAAACAGGAGGAACUUUGGAGACGCAGGAGGCUUCGAAGUACUGCGCUCGCUCUUGGAACAAUUUGGAGCUGCUGUGGUGAAGGAAAAGCAGAAAGAAGACGCAGCAAAAGUGCUCGGAGGAGUGUUGAAGCUGUUCCACUUGGUAUUAGUGGAGAGACGAGUAGCGACGGACAUGAUGACGUGCACUCAAGCGAUAGAAGCUCUCAUGACCGCUCGAGUGUCUCUACUGGACUUGUGUCAUUGCAGAGAUGGACAUUACCAAGUCAUGAGACUGGCGGUUGCGUUGGUGAAGGAAUUAUUCUGUAUUGUGGAUCUGGAUCAAGUGCAUCAACUGCAAGAGUCAGCGAGGGAGUAUGGCGCACUGUUGUAUGCGCUUGAAACAGCCGUACGGGAGGAUAUGGAGACGAUAGAGAAUGGGAAAAAGGCAAAGGAUACAGAUGAUAUUGAGCCCGAAAUGCGGGACUUGUGUGUGGACCUUGUGGAGGUGUUUUGUGCCGGUAAUACGCGCUCGAAGAAGACUGUGUACCGUAUUUUUCCGGUUGAGCUUUUUAUUCCUGUAAAAAGUCGAGUUGAAGUUAUACCGCGACACACUGGAGCGUCACCCUCUUCAACGGUUCAUACGAAGCCUUCAAUAGCGCGUAGUGCGAGGACUUUGCCGCACUUUCCGUUCGAGUUUGAGCAGCCCAGACGCACGUCCAUCGCCGCGUCGAAUGUUGUCGCGACUAACGGAAAUGCUGAAACUAAACGGAACCGUGUGGUGGCAUUGGCUUAUAACGCCAUGAAUUUUGGCGGAGGUGCCUUUGAACGAUGGAUCGGAGACGCGCGUGAGAAGGGAGAACACUGGCGGGAAGUUAUUGAGGCCGUUCGUCAAACACAUGAACGACCGGAACUGGUAUGGCGCGCUCCCAUGCGUAAAGAACUACGCCAGGCUUUGCAGCUUGAAAUUGAGACGCUUGAAUGUCGACGACGGCAAAUGGCUGAAGAUGAUACACAGUCUGCGGAACUGACACUGCGCUGGGCUCAUGAAAUGUUUUAUGUGGAGUACCCUUCAAUGCACGAAGAACUGGUGGUAAACGACUACUUUGUGGAGUAUCUCAUUCCUCGUGUGGCUGACUUGUCAGCUACAUAUGAGAUCGCCGAGCCCGUUGUAUUAGCUUGGCAUCUUUCUGAUCGACUGGCGGUAGAGCAUGAUGAAAAAUGGGCGCAGUUAUGCGUCCGGUGUCUUCGGUUGGUCAUCAGACGCUACGCCAUGCUAUUUCACGGUCAACUCCCGACCCAGUAUGUGCUGGUCCUACUCCGUGACCACAUGAACCAUUCACCUGCCUUUGUGCGCGAAUGUUUUCUUCUCCUAAAUACUGCAAUUACUACCACACGAAGCACACCGUCCGAAAGCUUCAACCAACUGUGCACGAAUGUAACUCGAACGAUCGUGGAUGUUCUGGCGGAUCCAGUGCUGCUAGCGACAUUUUCAGGACCUUUGGAGUCGGAGGAUGAGGGUGAUCAAGACAGUCUCGUGCAUAUUGCAGAGCCAGAGGAUGAAGCCGUCUCCGUGGUGAAUGGGCGUGAUGCGUUGAUACGAGCUGGAGUUUCGCUUCUCCUCACUAUUGCGCGCCGUGGGAAGUUCGUUUUACGACUGGCCAGACCCAAGCGCAUGUACUUGUGUCGACUGCUCGCGGUGGAGACACUUGAUCACGUGACUAUUACUCGACUACUGUUUGUGUUGAAGCAAUUGGCACUCCUGGACGGCAACGGCGCUUACAGCAGUUCAAAUGGAUCCAGUGGAGCUUCUAGUCGCCUAUCGUCUGCGUCAUCGCCUUCUUCUUCGGUGUCGUCACACUCAAACUCAAACUCAACGACAGACAGCAACUGGAGGUCACUUACACUGGUGUAUGUGCUGUUAGCUAGUUGUGACCCGAAAGGUAUGGGUAUGUGUGUGGCCGCUGCUGAGUUUCUUAAGGAGUGCUGUGUUUUGCAUCGCGGUGCUGGUGGAUACAAGAACAUUUCGUCGUCCAACGAACUUAGUGAACUGUUGAAUGAAGCCCUUGGAUUUGGUGGAUGUGGCAUGGAACGGCUGCUGAAUUCUGCAAGUGCGGAAGCGUUUGCCGAUACGUUUAAUGCAUCUCAGAAACGAGCAGCAGAUGUGAACUGGGGACGAAAGCAGCGUGUGCGGUUGUAUCGAUAUCUCAAGCACAAAUACUUGGGAUCUGAGUCGAAGACAUCGUCGUGGAAUAACUUCGUCGAUGACUCAGCCCACCGCUAUGAGGAUGACGACCUGUUCAUUGGGAACAUCUUCUUACGGUCCUAUAUUGAAGGCGGUGGUGAUUUCUUGAGUCAGUGGACGCCUGAAAUGUUUAGCGAAUUGAUUAAUGCGCUGUUCGAGGAACUGGUACAGCUUGGCAGCAGAAAGGCAGCGUAUACCAGCGGCACUGGAAGUAUAGGACCAUUACCGUCUCCUUCACAUCAGCCGUCUCUAAUCCAAUCAUCAAGCAGUGGCGGUCUGUGUGCAGCUGAAUCGUGGGAGGUGCAGGUGUUAAUCCUUAAGGCCUUGGCACGACUCAUUCCGUCGCAUGGUGCUGAAGUUAAAGUUAAGAGUGAGUACUAUGAGGCUUUACUGGCUCCUCUUCGUCGCUCGAUGCUUAGCGAAGUUGAUCAAGUACGAGGGAUUUUGUCGCUGGAGCUCUUUGCGGCCGUGAUAUCCGCUCCUGAAGCGCGCAGUGUCAACACAGCUGCGUGUCGAUUAUUCCUGGAGGAAAAGGGCUUGACCGUGAUAGCCGACGCCCUUGAGCGUAUGCGAACCCCAGCAUUCCAGCAAAUACUGCAAACAGUUGAAGUAUUUGGCCCGCGUCGACGGAGUAGUUCAAGCACUCAGAACAUGGCGCGCGUGCUUCUGUAUCGCUUGACAGAUGUGCUGUCGAUUCUGGCUAGUCAACAAGCUGCAGGGAUUCGCGCUAUUACGAAGAAUCCGGAGGUGGUGACUGCAUUGAUCGAGCUCGCGUCACGUCAGAUUAUCACGCAAUACGCAGACAUCGACGCUGCGAGUGUUUGUUUGAGUUGUCUAGGUGGAUUGUGCCACUAUGAUGAGCUUCGGGCACUCGUGAUUAAUGCCGGAGGACUACUGUCGCUGCUAGAUACUGUUGCUUUCUGUCCGGCUGAAGAGCUUGACAAAACUGCAGCAAGGGAAUCUCAAGGCACUGAUGAACGCAGUGAAUCGGACACGUCAGAUACUGAAGAUGGACAAGAAGAGGCUGCAAAAGUUGAGCUGCCAAAUGGUAAAAUCAGUAGCGAAGACAGUGGUAAGGAUACGCCAGGUGAGGACGGUGGGGACAUUCAACGGGUUCCGUCGCGAUACUUCGGUGCGAUUCGAAGCGCUGCGUUGGUGUUACGUGCGUGUCUGGGACCAAAAAGUGCUCCCGCGCCUUCACUUCCGACUCAAGUGCUGUAUCAGCUACUGACGCCAAGCUUCGUUCGGCUGCUGCGUUCGUCUCCAGACCAGUUCAUUCUCCAGUUGCAGACUACCGAAGAUAUUAACACUGCAACGCUCAUCUGGACAGUCAGCAUGAGACAACGACUGCAAACGUGCAUCUCAACGGAGCUUGCGAAGGUGAAGGCGGCAGCCAUUGCGAAGACGUGGCCUCGCUGGAACCCAGAGCACUUUGUAGCUGCUGACUCUUUCCGAUACCAGUACCCCGAGCUUGCAGAUGUGAUUGUCCUGCAUGACGUCUAUCUCGCAAACUUUGUGGCGACUCCUGUUGAAGAUUUGGACUUGGGAGACAUCGACAUGGCUGCAUUCUCGGAAACGCUGCUGAUCUCCAUUCAGAGUCAUGAGAACGUGCUUCGUAUCCUGCAAGAGAGAGGCUCGAGCGACCCGACAAAAGAAAAUGCCGUGCAUUUGAUGCGGCAGGCCUUGGACAAACUCGUGAGCAAACAUCCGCAGCAUAACCUCGAGGUGGGCGCCAGUCGCGACGCCCCGUUUUCAGACGGCUCACCUGCAGUGUCGCCUACUUCCACACCCGUGUAUUUCUCUCCUCAUACGUUGGCAGCAGCGGUACACAGCUUCUCACCGACGGAUGAUCGCGACUGGGACAUUACACGCAUUGAGCGCUGUAGCUCGUCCGGGAUUGAAGACCUGACCGUGUAAGACCUGCAAUCUCAAGUCAUCAUGUGAGCACAUACUUGGAUGCAGCAGCGCUAGAGGAAGUGGACUUCGAGUGUCCGCAGUCCAUUAUUUAAACUUGGACGUAUACGGCAAGGUUUUUUUGUUUUUUUAUAAGUGUGCGCGUUCUUGUUGUUUUGGUGCAUGUACUGUACUUUGUAAUCGUACACUUAGGUGACCAU